AUGGAUAGUCCUGCCUGUCCUCAUGUCAUCGUCAUCGGGGGCGGUAUCGUCGGCGCAUCCAUCGCCUGGCAUCUAUCUCGCGAAGCUACCGUAACUGUCGUCGCUGAAGACGUUGGAGGACCUGCUACUGCAGCCUCGUUCGCUUGGCUCAACGCGAGCUCUACCAGUCAAAAAUUCUACUACGACUUUCGCUGUCGUUCCCUGCAAAGAUGGAAGCAGAUUCAUCAAGAGCUUCCAGAUAUUCCGAUCUCAUGGAGUGGUUCGUUAAAUUGGCAUAAGCCGAUUGAGGCGAGAGUGAAGAAUGAGGAUAACCUCAAUUCCUGGGGCUACGACGUUAUCCGUAUGGACAAUGGUCAAAUUUCCCGCAGUGAGCCUUCCAUAAACACCGGUAUCCUCCCAGAAUGGGCUCUUUGUUAUCCUGAUGAGGGUGCUAUUGAGGCUCACAUCGCUGCGAGACAAUUCAUAGCCGCCGCUGAAGCCAAAGGCAACACGAAAGUAGUCAACGCUACAGCAAAGAGCUUCUCCAAGAAUCACGGCCGGAUUACCGGAGUCCUUUUGUCAACUGGACAAGAAAUACAUGGUGAUCACGUUGUUGUGGCUGCGGGCUUGGGUACCGUGCCUCUCCUGGCAACCGAGGGCAUCAAAGUCCCUGUCACAGCUGUUCCCGCCUUGAUUGUGAAUUCGAAACCGACGCAAAAGAGACUUCUAAGCCAACUUAUUAACUCCAAAUACAUAUAUAUGCGCCAAACACGCGACGGAGUCAUUCGAGCAGGUUGCGAGAACCCCGGGGACGCACCGGGCGAUGAUCCGGAUAAAACAGCUCACGAUGUCUUUUCUUUGGUGCAAGACUCACUGGUUGGUGGGAACAUGCUUGAGUUCGAUUACCACACCAUUGGCUACAAACCAACUCCAGAAGGCGGCUUGCCCAUCAUCGGUCCUACAGGCCUUGAAGCUAUGAGUGUGGCUGUUAUGCACUCUGGUGUAACAAAUGCUGCCAUCGUUGGAGAGUUGCUCAGCAAACAGAUCUUGAUGGGGGAGACGGAUCCGGCAUUGAACCACUUUCGCCUAGAUCGCUUCACCAAUUCAUAG